UCGUGUGAUGAUUUCGUCAUCCGUUAUACUCACAACACCGCCCGUGCAGGCCAGGGGAUAUCGUAGCUUCACUCUGUUUUCUCUUGGAUUCCGACAAGCUACUGUUUCACUCCCGAGUAGAUUUCUUCACAUGAGACAAGGGUCAUCAUGGACCAGCCUGGGAACGGGAGGCACCUGGAAAACAACAAACCGAAGUCGGCCGCCAUCUUGGUUGAACCACCCCCGACAGAACAUGCUCAAAAACAUUCCUCCAAGUUCGCAGCGUUGAAGCCUUUCAUUCCUUUUCGUCCAAAGCCUAAGGUUCCAGUUUCACCUUAUGAUGACGUGGGUUUCUUCGGAACCAUGUUUUCUACGUUCAUCACCCGUCUGGUGUGGAAGGCCUUUAAGAAAAAGCUGACGUUCAAUGACAUCGGCACAGCGUCUCCGUACGACAGUAUAGAGGUUAAUGCAAACAGGUUGUACCAGAUCUGGACGGAAGAGGUCACCAGGAGAGGAGCCCAGGAUGUCUCUAUGCUGCGGGUCUUUUGGCGCUUCCUACGCACACGCAUGAUCGUGACGAUGGCUACCGGGCUCCUUUUCUUCGUCACAUUCUUUGUCAUAUCGACCUUUUUUGUCCAACGGCUUCUAGAAUAUACUGCAGCAACGGACCCAUCACUGUGGACGGGCAUCGCGUUAGUCGUGGGCAUGUUUUUGUUAGAGGUGACCCGUUCCUUCGCAUUCAGGUCAACAACCUUGGUCGGACUACGUUCAGGUACCAAGGUCAUAGCAGCCACCAUCGGCAUGGGGUACCAAAAAGUCAUGCGUCUGCAAGGUCUGAAGGACAAAACUGUUGGGGAGCUUGUCAACCUGUUUGUGACGGACUCCUUUCGCAUCGGGAAUCUGGUAACCGACGUCGGCUUCAUGUUCGUCUUCCCGAUAAUGAUUUUCCCUUUAAUCGGGUACGCCGUGUACAUCAUGGGUCCGUGGGCACUGCUCGGCAUCGGAGUCACUAUUCUAAUGCUGCCUAUAGAGUUCCUGUUAGGCUUGAAGAUUAUGAAGCUGAGGAAAACCUGUGUAAAGAUCGCUGACGAACGAGUGCGCAUGACCAGUGAGAUGCUGAACAGUGUCAAGCUCAUCAAGAUGUACGCCUGGGAGAAACCAUUCAUUCGUAGGGUGGAAGAGCUUCGGGCUCGGGAAACUAAGCUGCUUCAGUUCUCCGGGUUUCUACAGUCAGUCAUGAUCGCCAUGCUGUCAACUGUCGUACCGAUCGCGAGUGUCAUCACUUUUAGCGCCCACGUCAUGACAGGAAAUGACCUAAAGGCUACACAGGCCUUCACAAUGGUGUCUUGCUUCCAUCUGCUAUCGCUCAUGCUCAUGCUGACUCCCGAACUCAUCCGCCUCCUGGCGGAAUGUGUCAUCUCUGCAAGGAGGUUGAAGAGUCUGAUGGUCAUGGAGGAGAGAGACACGGCCAGUAGACUGCCCGAUGAUGAGAAGACUGCAAUCGACAUCAAAUUCGCUACAUUCGCAUGGGAUGCACUGGACAAGGCUGGAAAAGAGAAGCGCCAGAAAGAAAUAAAAGCGGAGACGGGAGCAGUUGAGGAGGACACUGAACCAACAACUGUCGCACAGGACGGACAAACUGAAGUUAAACUGAUUCAGACCUUGUUUGAUGUCAACCUGACUAUAAAGAAGCGGACCUUACUGGGAGUGUGCGGUAGUGUCGGAGCGGGGAAAAGUUCCCUCAUUUCUGCCAUUCUCAAGGAGAUGCGGGUAGUGAAGGGUGAAGUGGCCGUGGACGGUGGCAUCGCUUAUGUGGCCCAACAGGCCUGGAUCCAGAACGCCACCGUUAGAGAUAACAUUCUACUGGGGAAACCCUUCGAUUCCAGCAAGUACGAGAUGACGGUCCAAGCUUGCUGUCUCAGGCAGGACUUUGAACAGCUUCCCGGGGGAGACAUGACAGAGAUUGGUGAGCGGGGAAUCAACCUGAGUGGUGGUCAGAAACAACGCGUCAGUCUUGCGCGUGCGCUGUAUGCAGAUAAGGACAUCUACCUGCUGGACGACCCGCUGAGCGCAGUGGACGCUCAUGUUGGGGAACACAUCUUCAGGCAUUACAUCAAGAAAAUGCUGCGAGGCAAGACUGUUGUGCUUAUCACACACCAGCUUCAACACCUGAGUGACUGUGACGAGGUGUUACUCCUGAAAGAUGGGAGGAUUGCCGGGAAGGGUCCCCACCGUCGGCUGAUGACAAUGAACGCAGAGUACGCCGAGAUGAUUCAGAACUACCUGGAUGAAAGCGAUGAUGGCGACGGCGUACUAAAGGAGCCAACUUCUGUGUCAUCGCGUUCCCAUGACGCAAACCCCCAUCUUCUCUUCAGCAAGACCCCGAUUACCAGACUGGACGAAGCGCGUUGGUCCACCAGGUCGCUGAACGCCUCCAAGCGGCAACGUUCAACAGAAUCAACAAACGGUCAGAAGUUUUCCAUCCACGCCACUCCUCGGCUUGUUCGCCGCCGGUUAAACGACAAAGAGAAUGCCGUAUCUCCGUUACAGAGAGCGAGCAGCAUCCGCUAUCAUCACCCUGUACCCUCAUUCACAUCCAACACGACAAACAUCCUCUUGGAGCAGCCGGGUUUCGAAAUUGACGAGCACCAGGAGCAAGAAAAAGCAUUAAAAGCGGGCAAUCUGACCCAGAAGGAGGAGAUAGAAACUGGGAAAGUGAAGCUGGCAAACUACACGACUUACAUCCAAUCUAGCGGUAUCUUGAACACCACUGCCGUUUUGCUGGUGUUUACGCUCAACACCGCCACGGUCGUCUUCAGCAACUUCUGGCUCAGCAACUGGAUAGAGCAGGGCGAUGGGAAACAGGACAACGUCAACGGAGGAAACAGUACCGGUACCGUUCCCGGCAGUAUGGCUGAUAACCCGGAUGUGGUGUUCUACGUGUCAGUGUUCGGCGGGACGGCCGUGCUGAUGUUACUGCUGGUCGUGCUCAAGUCAUGGCUCUUCAGCAAGGCUACCCUAGCUGCUUCUUACCAUUUGUACAGAAAGGUCUUCCAGUCUGUCUUUAGAAGUUCAAUGAGCUUCUUUGACACGACGCCGACAGGCAGAAUCAUCAACCGCUUCUCCAAGGACACUGACAACGUUGACGUGGCCAUCCCCCUUAACGUCAACAUUCUGAUUACGAACCUUUGGAACACUGUGGCGGCGUUCGUCGCUAUUGGAGUCGUCUUGCCGUCCUUCCUGGCGGCUGUUGCUGUGUUGCUGACCUUGUUCUGCGCACUGUACUACUUAUUUCAGGCCAUCAUUCGGGAACUCAGAAGGUUUGAGAACAUCCUAAGGACACCAUGGCUGUGUCACGUGACAGAGACCCUGAACGGCCUCACCACCAUCCACGCCUUUAAUAUGGACUCUGACUUUAUUAGGAGGUUUAACAGGCUAAUGGAUGAUUACACCAACAUCCACUACCUGGCGCACAUGGGUGGGAACUGGGCGGCGUCUCGGGUGGAGAUGAUCGCGCUCGUCAUCUCUGUCCUCAUGACACUGACGGUGGUGCUUCUUCAGGGGACCAUCCCCGCCACACAGGCGGGCCUGGCGAUCACCUAUGCUUUUCAGGUGACCGGGUUUCUGCAGUUUAUGACCAUGGAUGCGGCUAACGCACAGGCGGCCUUCACGUCCGUUGAGCGGCUGAGAUAUUACAUCACGAAUCUGACAGCUGAGGCCCCGGAUGUCAUUGAAGACCGUGACCAUGAAGCUGAUUGGCCGAGCCACGGCGAGAUCCAGCUGCACAAUCUGAGCAUGCGCUAUAGGGAGAACCUCCCUCUCGUCCUGAAAAGCAUCUCCUGUAACAUCCGGUCACGUGAGAAGAUUGGCAUUGUGGGGCGUACCGGGUCAGGAAAAUCGUCUCUCGGUGUGGCCAUCUUCCGAUUGGUCGAAGCUGCGGAAGGUACCAUCAACAUCGACGGGGUUGACAUCAGUAAGAUCGGACUGAGUGCUCUGCGCAGUAAGCUGUCAAUCAUCCCACAGGACCCUGUGCUCUUCGUUGGGACCGUCCGGUACAACCUGGACCCGUUUAGCCAGUACAGUGAUGAUCAGAUCUGGAAAGCGCUCGAGCGUGUGUACAUGGAUGACGCAAUCAGAGCUCUUGAUCUUAAGCUGAACUCUGCCGUUGUGGAAAAUGGCGAGAACUUCUCUGUGGGUGAGAGGCAGCUGAUGUGUAUGGCCAGGGCUCUGCUGCGGAACAGUAAGAUCCUGAUCUUGGACGAGGCCACAGCGGCCAUCGACUCCGAGACGGACACCCUGAUCCAGACCACGAUCCACGAGGCGUUUGAGGACUGCACCAUGCUGACCAUCGCUCACCGGCUCAACACCGUCAUGACGUCAGACAGGGUCAUGGUCAUGGAUGAUGGACAGUUAUCAGAAUUCGACACCCCUCGUGCUCUUUUGGCCAAUCAGAACUCACGGUUUGCCGCCAUGGUGAAGGCUGCAGGCAUUGACGUCACUAAGUAUAUCACCAUGGAAACGGAUGACGUACCUGCAGCUGAAGAGAACAGUCCGCACGUGUCUGAGACAGAUGUGGAGUGCACCAAGCUAUGAAGACAUCACAUAGUAGAUACCUGUAUGCUGCA